UCAGUCGGAGCAGGGGCAGGCAGAGUUUGCCCCAUGCUUUUUCUUGCACCCAGACCCCUCUGUCCACCCCCUGCAGGCAGCAGGUGCUGGCCUUUGUUGGGCUGAGCACCAUGAAGAGGCAAUGGGAGGACCAGCCCCAGCAUUCGAUCAGCUCUGUCAUCCCCCAUGAGGACUCUGACAAGGGGACACUGUACAACAACAUCGCUCUGCUCAGGACAGCCGCCCCGCUGGAGUUCAGCAGCAUCGUUCAGCCCAUCUGCUUCCCUCACAGGAGCUUCUCCACCCUGGACCUUGUGAUCUGCUGGAUCUUGGGCUGGAUCCAUCCCACCGCAGGUAACCCCUGGCUGCUGCGGCAAAGAGCUCCCUCCAGCAGGGUGGAGAGCCGCCUUCCUGCUCCCUCCUCCACAGGGAUGCUGACAAAGCGGCAGGCUGUUCGUCCACAGCUACCGACAGUGACAGCAAUAGGGAUACUGCUGAGACACAACCCUCCCCUUUUUGUCUCUCAAAAGGGUGAUGCUGGCAACCCCAUCAUGUGCCAGAUUGGAGGGGCUGAGAAAUGGGUCCUGAAAGGCAUUCUCAGUGAGGGUGGCAUGAGAUGCUAUGGAUCAUUCCUGUAUACCCCAGUGUCCUACUACAGCAACUGGAUCUUGGCCACCGCUGCGAGGACAGGACCUCCUGCAUUCCCUGUGCUAGUCAGGGUGCGAACUGAUCUGCAGGCUCCACCUAAAGACUGGGAAGAGGCUUCCAGACCAGCAGUGGGGAUGUUUCAGGAAGCUGGUUUCAAUCCCAAGAAGGGAAAAUGAGACCUGAGCUCAUCUGAGGCUGGGCCACCUGAGAUGAUUUAUAACUCCUGCAGUGGGAAAACACUUCCCGCUGCCAAGGGACACUUCCACUUGCCCCAGGUGCUUGGGAAAGGGGUAGCUUCUCCCUUC